CGUGAGUGCAUCUCUAUUCACGUGGGACAAGCUGGAGUCCAGAUCGGCAAUGCCUGCUGGGAACUUUAUUGUCUGGAGCAUGGCAUCCAGCCGAGCGGUCACAUGGAAGACCUCAAACUGGCUACCAACAAUGGUGAUGAGAGCUACAACACUUUCUUCAGUGAGACCAGCAUGGGCAAACAUGUACCUAGAGCUAUCUAUGUUGAUCUGGAGCCAAGUGUUGUGGACGAGGUUCGCACAGGGAAGUACCGCCAGUUGUUUCACCCUGAACAACUGGUCAGUGGCAAGGAGGAUGCUGCCAACAAUUAUGCGAGAGGUCACUACACUGUAGGCAAGGAAAUUGUUGAUCUAGUGAUUGACCGAAUCAGAAAACUGGCAGAUCCAUGCACAGGAUUGCAAGGGUUCCUGGUGUUUCACAGUUUUGGUGGAGGAACUGGCUCUGGGUUUUCCUCCCUGCUAAUGGAGAGACUGAGUGUUGAUUAUGGGAAGAAAUCCAAACUGGAGUUUGCAGUCUACCCAGCUCCUCAGGUCUCUACUGCUGUGGUUGAGCCAUAUAACUCCAUCUUGACUACCCACACAACUUUAGAGCACUCUGACUGUGCCUUCAUGGUCGACAAUGAGGCUAUCUAUGACAUCUGCAGGCGUAACCUUGACAUUGAGCGUCCUUCAUAUGUAAACUUAAAUCGACUUAUCGGACAGAUUGUGUCUUCCAUUACUGCCUCUCUUCGAUUUGAUGGAGCUCUGAAUGUGGAUUUGACUGAGUUUCAAACCAAUCUUGUGCCUUAUCCCAGAAUUCAUUUCCCACUGGUUACAUAUGCACCAAUAAUAUCAGCGGAGAAAGCCUACCAUGAGCAGAUGUCAGUGGCAGAGAUCACCAAUGCAUGUUUCGAGCCCUACAACCAGAUGGUGAAAUGUGACCCCCGCAUGGGCAAGUACAUGGCCUGCUGCAUGCUCUACAGAGGAGAUGUGGUACCUAAGGAUGUCAACGUUGCCAUAGCGACGAUUAAAACGAAAAGGAGCAUCCAGUUUGUUGACUGGUGUCCCACUGGGUUCAAAGUUGGCAUUAACUAUCAGCCGCCAACUAUUGUUCCAGGUGGUGAUCUUGCUCAAGUUCAGCGAGCAGUUUGUAUGUUGAGUAACACCACUGCCAUCGCUGAAGCCUGGGGUAGAUUGGAUCAUAAGUUUGACCUCAUGUAUGCCAAACGGGCAUUUGUCCAUUGGUAUGUUGGUGAAGGAAUGGAGGAGGGUGAGUUUACAGAGGCAAGGGAAGAUUUAGCAGCUUUGGAACGGGACUAUGAAGAGGUAGGAGUAGACUCAGUAGAGGAUGGAGCUGCUGAGAAUGAGGGAGAUGAGUAUUGA